AACCGCUCCAACUUUAUGACCUUCACUUUGAUGGGCAUACCUGGCUUAGAGUCCCAGCACUUGUGGUUAUCUCUUCCUUUCUUCUCCAUGUUUUUGGCUAUCCUCAUCAGCAAUGGUGCCAUCCUUUUCAUGGUGGCCAGGGAGCCCACACUUCACACACCAAUGUACCUGCUCCUGGCUCUGCUGAUGGUGGCUGACCUUAUAUCCACUCUGGCUCUGUUGCCUAAGCUCCUCUGCCUCUUCUGGUUCAAUGAUCGGGACAUAGCUGUCAAUGCCUGUUUCACUCAGAUGUUUUUCAUCCAUGGAACAUCCGUGGUACGAUCAGCCCUACUUGUUGCGAUGGCCUUUGACCGAUUUGUAGCUGUGUGUGGGCCACUACGCUACAGCACAGUUCUGAGCCAUUCCUCAGUUGGACGCCUGGGACUGAUGGCUUUAGCCAAGGGGGUGAUUCUUAUCCUGCCCAUGCCUCUUCUACUGCAGAGGUUGACCUUCUGCCACAUGGUCAUUCCUCAUACCUACUGUGACCACAUGGCUGUGGUGAAACUGGCCUGUGAUGACACCAGACCUAACCGGAUCUAUGGGCUCUUUGUGAUUCUGCUUGUGGUGGGACUUGAUUUGGUGCUCAUUGGCUUCUCUUAUGGUCUCAUCCUGCAGGCCGUGAUACGUUUCAAUUCUCAAGAUGCCAUCUGCAAAGCCCUUAACACCUGCUCAGCCCACCUCUUUGUCAUCCUUAUCACUUAUGUGCCUGCACUCUUCUCUUCUCUCACCCACCGCCUUGGUCACAAUAUCCCACCUCACAUCCACAUUCUUCUUGCCAAUCUCUAUCUUCUUCUACCCUCAAUGUUCAAUCCCAUCAUCUAUGGCAUGAAGACAAAGGAUAUACAAGUCAAGGUGGCCAAAUGUCUGUGCAGAAGACAUUCAUAG